AUGAACUACUAGAUGAUGCAGAUACGGAAAUACAGUAAGCUGAGCCUGUCUGCUGAGCGCCUGCACCUGCAGCCCAAACUAGGGAAUUUCUCCUCUGGGAAUCGGAAGUUCUACUUUGACACCCACGCCUUGGUGUGCUUACUUGAAGCAAAUGGGUUUACUGCUCAGCAAGCAGAAAUCAUUGUGUCUGCAUUGGUCAAGAUCACAGAGGCCAACAUGGAUAUUAUCUACAAAGACAUGGUCACUAAAGUGCAGCAGGAAAUCACUCUUCAGCAAAUAAUGUCUAAGAUUGCAAAUGUGAAAAAGGACAUGAUCAUUUUGGAGAAGAGUGAAUUUUCAGCCCUCAGAGCAGAAAAUGAGAAAAUAAAACUUGAACUACACCAGUUAAAACAACAUGUGAUGGAUGAAGUGAUCAAAGUCCGGACAGAUACCAAAUUAGACUUCAAUCUGGAAAAGAGCAGACUAAAAGAAUUGUGUUCACUGAACGAAAAGAAGCUUCUGCAACUGAAGACGGAAGUACUGGCCCUGCAUGCCCAGCAAGAUCGGGCCCUGACUCAGACAGACAGGAAGAUAGAAACCGAGGUUGCCGGCCUCAAGACUCUGCUGGAGGUACACAAGCUUGAUACUAUCAAAUACUUAGCAGGGUCUGUAUUCACGUGCCUAACAGUAGCUCUGGGAUUUUAUCGCCUGUGGAUGUAAUGAAGUGUCUAUUUAAAGAAAUUUCCAUUAUUUUGCCUUAAAAGUACCAGAUUGUUGUUCCUCACACCCCCCUUCUUUGUUUCAAAGUUAAAUCCUGAUUUGACUUCAUGCAUAUUAUUUAUUUCUAUGCAAACUAUGGGCACAUAACCAUGGUGAAGAAGUGGGGAGCUCUGUGAUCAAUCCUCAGAUCUUCCCUGUUUUGUUGGCUUUUUGGCCAAGUGCUGUGGACAAAGCCUUCAAGACUCCAUUCAGCUAAACCAGUGGACUUGGUCUUGCCUGUGAUUUAUACCAAAAGUCUGUAUUGGUAUAAUUCUCUAUAACUCUAGGUAUUUUGUCACAUAGAGGAUUUGGGAUCACUUUUUGAAGAUAAAGUAACUUUAAAUAUGGACCAUCUUUGAACUUCAACCCGGAACGCCAGCUCCUCCCUGCCUGUUGCCACAGUCACUCCCUGCCAUGCCAUGCGGUGAUUGCAGCAGCUGGUGUGUUAGUGAUGCAGCUGUGCUGAUACACCUUGGUGGCUUUUUCUCUGAUGUCUGUUGUCUUAGUAACAUUGUCAUGGUUUUUAUUAAUGUGCCUUUCAGCUAGAAAAUCUUGUUACCUAAUGAAGCACUGUAAUUGUAACAGGAGUUCUUACUGCUUACAUUCACUUUGGGGGACUCAAGGGAAAGGGGGAUUUUGUUUUUGAGACAAGAUUUUGCUAUGUAGCCCAGACUGGCUUCAAACUCACAGUCCUGCCUCAGCCUCUCAAGUGCUGAAGUUAUAAGCAUAUGCCACCAUGCUGGCUUCUUUUACCUUUUAGAAUGCUCGAUUUCCCUUCCCUCUUCACCGUCUCCGUCCCUCAUGCCAGAAGGGCAGUGAUACCGCACUGGUAGCCUUACCUACCUAAAGCUUUGCAGUUCUCAGCAUCAACUACUCUUUGUGGUUCAGAGUCAACUUCCUCUGGUCUCCAUCUGCUUUUUAUGAUGUGCUGAGCUUUCCUCCUGUGGAGUAGCCAGAUAGUGUGCACAGCUUUCGUGAUAGAAUAGAUGUCAUUGGUGAAUCCCUCUUCGCCUGUGAGCAGCUCGCGUUAUCACUUUCCAAAGGAGAGAGCCACCAUGCUCAGCCUUGGCCUGAUCCAGAUUCAUUUCGUUCGUGGUUGAAGACAUCUUCACACCCACCUUACCUCUAUAUUUAAAACAAAUAAACCCUGGGUGUCACUGGGGUUAUUUUGGAGAUGUUCGUUCUUGUCUGAUUUAAGUGCUGACUCAUGGACAAGACUAAGCAUUGGGAAGCUGGGACCUUUCUGGUUUUUCCACACACAUGCGUGGUGCACAAAAGCUGGUACAUUGCAGAAGCCACACAAGAUUGGCGGAGGAAUAAAUCACCCUUUAUCAUUCUUCCAACCACAUUGCCCCCUAAAACAAAAGUUACCUUUUGUUCCUUGGAUAUAAUUUCUAAGUUUUAGAUGUUAUUAAGUCCUUGCCUUUUUUGAAAACAUUUGUGUAAAAAGAUUCUGAGUUCCCCAUUAUACAGAAAUCAAGUACUUUUGUAUUGGACUGGUUUCAGAGUGAAAUAUAAGUUUAGCCUUUUCAAAUAGAUUACAAAUUGUCUUAUCCACUUAAUAGAAUAUGUUGUUACUACACUCAUCCCCUUUCAAUGAAGAGUCCCAAAGACUGCCCACCCAGCAGUUGCCUUACCACGCUAUAGGCCUGGUGAAUGCCACCCCAGCUAGACCACAAUUGUUCCUGCUUCAUGUCGGCACAGCUAGAGAAAGGGCUAGAAGGCCCAUCGCUCUUAGCAGGUCACAUUGCCAAAUAAAGACUGGCUCCCAGGAGGAAAAGGCACUGGACAAUUGUUUCCCAAUACAUGCUAACCUUAGCUAGUUUAAAAAUAGAGGGUGAGUGUCCUUCCAUCCUAUCAAGUGUGUUUUAAGUAACACAUGCCAGAGUGAUGUUCUUGCAUCUGCUCAAAGUAUUCCACAGUGUUUGUGGUGAUGGUGAGCUGUGUCAUUGAUUUUGCUGUGGAGUUCUGUUAGCACAGAACAGUCACUUUGGCCUUCACAAUGAACUGUCAUCUCAUUGAGGAUUUGGGACUGUUUCCUAAACUGUAUUAAAUUUGAAAAGCAUUGAGCCAAAAAUACACAUGUAACCCUCCCAUCACUGGCUUGGACAUGUGUGAACAGGAUAAGCAUGCUACCACCAGGCACUGCACUGGCACUUUGGGUGCUGCCUGGCUAGUGAGGACCCAGAGCUCUAUGGGAAACUAGGCAGAGGUGCACGGAGUGUGAAACACUUGGCAAAGCUUCUGGGUAGCAAACUGGGAUGUGGCCCACAGGGAGGUUAACCAUAGUGAGAUGGGGUGGAAGGGUCAAAUGGGCUUUGGCUUUCCUUUGCUUCCCAUACAUGUCACUCUUCAUUCUUAAAGGGUUCCCCCAUUUUCCUGCUGUACUGUUUUCUCCCCUCCUCUGCCCUUUUUUGUGCUUGCUAGGGGUCAAACCUCAAGCUUUGCAUAUGCUGGGCAACCAGUCCUGCCGUCUCCACAGCCCUUGGUGGUUUGUAGUUCUGAUUAGUUUAGGGGUUUUGCUGCUGUUAUGGGUUUUUUCUUGUUUUGGCUUUGUUGUGCUUUGAGACAGGGUCUCUCUGUAGCCCCAGCCGGCCUGGAGCUUGCUGUGUAAUCAGGCUGGCUUCGCAGAAAUACACAUGGCUCUGCUGGAACCUUGUUUUUUAAGAGGAGGUCUUGCUGUAUAGCUCACAUGUGCCUAAGUGCCCCAUCCUCCUGCCUCAGCCUCCCAAGUGUUGGGAUUACAGGCACUAGUCAGCAUGCCUGGCUCCCUCUUGUCUUUUUAAAAAAGCCUGAACUCCAGUUUCACUCCUUUAGUAUGACCACUAGUAUGCAAAACUUUGGGGUUCCUUGACUUUCGUAUCACUUUGACUUUCUCAGCUGGUGUUCUAGUGUUGUAUCUUGCAACACUAAAGCUGAUUGUGUACAUUUUCCCCUCAAGUAUGCAAGGCACCUCAGUUGGGAAGUCACGGGUUCAAGAAGAAAGGCCUGACUUAGCACAGAAGUACUGCUGGAGUCUGUCCUACCAGGAUCCUGAGCUAUAGCACACGUGCCUAGACUGUCCCAUACACACGCCUGGACUGUCCGGUAUGGGUCUUAAGCUGCUGUCUCCUUCGUAGCUGUGUGGAGGCUCCAUCUUCCCUCUGACUUUGCUAGUCCCUCCUCCCCAGCUUUCCAGUCUCCGAUGAACCAUGUCACUACUGUGAGCAGCUCCCUUCCCCCACCCAUGUGUGCUGUGUCCCAGGACUGGCGUCCAUCUGAACAAGUGCCUGACAGAUCCCACUCUAGAACUUGUGUCUAGAAAACUUUGACUUUAACCUGAGAAGAUCAAAAUUGUUAAACAGCUUUUAUGGCACUAAAGAAAGAAUUUUUUAACCAGGAAUAGCUUAUUCUUUAUGUAUGUAAGAUAUUUGAGAAUGUUUAACUGGUGGAAUUUUAUUCAGAAAAUAUUUAUCUUUUUACAGAUUUGCACUUACAUUCCUUUGAUUACAAUUCAGAACAUUUCUUAACUUUAGCAAAUAUUCAAUUAUCUUUUAUUAUCGUAUAGAGUGAAUAUAUUUUAUUACCCAAAUAAAAGAUUUAAUUUUAUGUGACUAAUAGACUUUUCUGAUGGUUCAGAUUGAAUAUGAAAAGCUACAAUGCCUUCUUCCUGGAACAACUGUAUUUAAACCAUUAAUCCUAUCCAUUGUAAAAUGAUACCACUUUCUUACCUAUGGUGAGUUGUAAGUAAAUCUAAUACCUAAAAAUAUGGGUUUACAUAGAAUAUACAUUUGAAAGUGAACAUCUGAUUUGCAAAAUAAAUUUUUAUUUGAAA